UCGCUGCGAAAUACCGUGGCUGUGGAGUUAGCUUCAAAAUUGUAUGACCAGCUUGACAACAUGAACGUUCCUCGCUUCGCGGCCUGUAGACUGCAUCUGCCUUGCAUCGCAUUCCGUGUCACGGAAGUCAUACGGAAUAUUGGCCGAGCCCAAGGGACUCAUUUCACGUAUGGAGUCAAGGCAAACGGACUUCACGACCUGCUACUCGCCACAAAAGAGACGCUGAAUCAGUUCACGCCUGAAAAGCCCCCUCUGCAGACAUUCUUACCUGUCUGUCCAUGGGACCGUCGCCUCCUCGAGCUACCUGACUUUGCGGAACUGCCCGACUCUGGAGACGAUACGCAGAGCGCGGAUUCUAAUUAUUCGUCCGCGCCUGAGUCUCCGUUAGACGAGUCGCCUGGCGGUUCUCCUGUAGAACAGAAGAUGGGUGACUCAGACUCUCCCUCACGAGCGUUGAGGUUGAAGCGCGGCGGAGAAUACAAGAGGAUCGUGUCGGAUCAUGAUAUCGUUGCCCAAGUCAAAGACGUGGCUUCUACUAUUCACAACAUGAUGGACGUCAGGAUUAUAGAGAUCUUUUAGCUGUGUGUUUUUUCAACGCAGUUUGCGUUUGUUCCUUGGCGAUAUACAUGCAUCCGCAGAUACUCCAUGAUUCCUUCAAAGCAGAUGUACGUUGGAGACCUACUAUUCAUUUCAUGCAGCACUAGUGCUUCUGUCCUACACCAUUGAUAUCAUUUCGGCUUCCCCCACAAUCCCGCAUUUGCUCGACACCUCGUCUUCACCAAUUUACAC